UUAGGGAACCCCUUAUAUGCUCUGCUUCUCAGUCUCCUGGUCCUAGUGGAAGCCAGUUCAGUUCAGAAGUUGUAGCCUCCCUUGCCUUUUGGGUGGAAGGAAGGAAGAAGAAAAUCCCUUUACCUCAAAACUUGGUGUUAAGGAGGCCAGCCAGCCUAUUUGGGCUGCUUCUAGAUUCCUGCCAGCCUUUCAUAUGAAGUGAAUAAGGGCAGGUCCAGGGCAUCAGGCAAUAAGCAAAGCACUCCUUGCCCUCCAUUUUAAAAGCCCAUCUCUUGGCCCAUUUACAUACACCUAUUCUAAGAACUCCAAGUAGGAAUCCCAUCCUUUCUUAGAAUUUAACCCCAAAAGGAGCCAUCUAUGCCCUGUCCAUGCCCCAAUGUCUAUACCAGGUCUGUGGAGGACCCUCCGGAGUCAGGGAAAAGCCAGGAGUAGGGCAUUGCUCCCAAAGAUAAUCCUUCCUUCGGCUGCUCGUCCCCUUCUCAUGCCUGAACUCUCACCACAAUUCGUGCUGGGUUAAUUGAAUCAAGUGCUUGUAAAUUAAUCCAGUUGAAGAGAUUAAAUGUGCUGGGGUCACUUUAGCUGAAGCUUUCCGUCUCAGCAGGUCACUCCUCCAGAGGAGCCAUUGGGCAGGCAGGAUUACCUGGGACACUGCCACCAUACCAUCAAAACACAUCAGACAUUGCCCCCGCCCCUAAUCCUCAUGGUGGUUGGGGAGCUCAUGGGCUAGGAGCCCAGGAAGGAUCGUGGGGGAAGUCAGACUAGUAGGCUCAGUUGUUCAGUAGCCAUUCCUGGGAGCUGGAGGUAGGCGAGCUUUGUGCUAGCCGCUAGCUUCAGAAAAAAGAGCUAGUCUAAGGGAAGGGGGCCUCGUGACAAGGGCAUUUCUCCCCCACUCUUGCCUGCAUCCCCAAACCCCUCAAUCAUUUCCCAAAUCUUCUGGAAAACAGAAGGAAUCUAGAACAGGGCAGGUGACAGAAGAGAGCAGGGCAGGAAAGUUGAAAGAAAAAAAAAAAGGAACAAAAGAACAAGAAAGUCUUGAGAAACUGACCUGGUUCACUCUUUCUUUUCUUUUUCUUCCCAGUUGGCCAGCGGGGGUCAUUAGAUCAGGGAAGAAGGCACCUUGAGAGUGAAUAGGGCCCAGAGACAGGGUCCUGGAGUUGGUGAGGGUAGGGGUCCUUCCAAGAGAAGAGAAAAUUGUAGUCCACUGGCCUGAGAUAAGCCUGCGUUAUAGGCUGAGUUGACCUUUGCAUCCCUAACCCCCUUCAAGCAGGGUGGGCACUGGUGGGGGCCAAAGAGACUCAUACAUGGGUGGAGAACAACAGAGAAAAUAGGGGCUGACAGGGAGACCGAACAGGGGACUCAUACGUACCCGGGCCAGUGCUGAGGGUAGGGGAAGGAGUGCUGAGAAUCGGGGGCGGGGAUUACUCCUAGCGGAGCCUUUCUGGCCCUGUUCCCUCCUCCACCCGCAAGACCCGGGACUUCUGGUUUAGGGGGUAGUGUUGCCAGAGAGCUCGUCUCCCUCCCCGCACUUCUCAGCUCACCCUUUCACCGGGUGCCUCCCCCGAACUGCAAAGAGGAGGGGGCGGGGGUAGGGGGAGCCAAUCCCGGCAGCGCCAAAGAGGGGAGGUAGCUGUGACAGCCGCGGGGAGGGGGCGGGAGGAGAGGCGGCUCGGCUCCAGCUCCGGGCUCUUCUCCGCUCCACUCUGCCUCCGGCUCUGCGCUCACCCACUGUCCAAGCCUCCCGCUCCUGCCCCAGGAUCCCCAGGUGGGCCCUAGACCGCGGCGGUCCCCAGGCUCUUAGCCCAAGCGCUGACUCUCCAGCCCCCGGCCCCCGGCAGCGCACUACACCGCCAGGGGGCGCCGUGUGAGUUCUCUAUCCCAGCCACCCGGCGCCCCCUCCCACGGCCCACGUUGGGACGGGAGGGGGGCGCCGGGGGCCAUGCGGGGCCAGGGCCGUAAGGAGAGUUUGUCCGAUUCCCGAGACCUGGACGGAUCCUAUGACCAGCUCACGGACAGCGUGGAGGAUGAGUUUGAACUGUCCACCGUGUGUCACCGGCCCGAGGGUCUGGAGCAGCUGCAGGAGCAAACCAAGUUCACGCGCAAAGAGCUACAGGUCCUGUACCGGGGUUUCAAAAACGAAUGUCCCAGCGGAAUUGUCAAUGAGGAGAACUUCAAGCAGAUUUAUUCCCAGUUCUUUCCUCAAGGAGACUCCAGCACAUAUGCCACUUUUCUCUUCAAUGCCUUUGACACCAACCAUGAUGGCUCAGUCAGUUUUGAGGACUUUGUGGCUGGUUUGUCAGUGAUUCUUCGGGGAACCACAGAUGACAGACUGAACUGGGCUUUCAACCUGUAUGACCUCAACAAGGAUGGCUGCAUCACCAAGGAGGAAAUGCUUGAUAUCAUGAAGUCCAUCUAUGACAUGAUGGGCAAGUAUACAUAUCCUGCACUCCGGGAGGAGGCCCCAAGGGAACACGUGGAGAGCUUCUUCCAGAAGAUGGACAGGAACAAAGAUGGCGUGGUGACUAUUGAGGAAUUCAUUGAAUCUUGUCAAAAGGUACAGGGCCCUGCCCUCUACAUUUCCCUGGUCUGGACUCAGGGCCUGAUUCAAUGAUGUAAGAGAAGGCUCCUUUGGGCAGAGUACUAUUUCCCUAACUCACCGCCACCUCUGAAUCUUUUUCCUUCAUAACUUGGGGAGGCCUGUCCCUUCCCCACCUCUCUGGGUGUCUCCUUCCUCACUGCCUCUCUCUGUCUCUGAAUGUCCCCAUUUCUGAGUCAGUGUCCUUCUCCCUGUCUCUGAUAAGCUCUUUUUCUUUCUCUCCAAUCUGCCUCUCUCCCACCACGGCUACAGGACGAGAACAUCAUGAGGUCCAUGCAGCUCUUUGACAAUGUCAUCUAGCUCCCCAGGAGAGGGGGGUCAGUUGUCCUGGGGGGACCAUGCUGUAGCCCUAGUCCAGGUGGACCUCACCCUUCUCUUCCCAGGUCUGUCCUCAUCCUAGCUCUACCCUGGGGGCUAUAGGAAUCCAAGAGCCUGGGGAGUCAGUGGUCCAGAUUGCUAGAGCUGAGGGGGCUAUAGAGUGGGCAGAGUGUAUCUGUGGGGUGUUCCCAACUCCCAACAGCUCCCCCUUCCUGCCUGAAACUCAGUGCUGAGGGUGCCCCUGCUAUAGGAAUUGAGUGGUCCUCCCCCUUCCACCCCCACUUGAGAAACCACAAUGUCUCCUGCUAUGGUGCUUCCCCCAUCCCUGAUCUCAUAACCAUUUCCCCUAAGACCCCCUUAUCAGAAAGGCUGUUCUGUCCUUGGCACUGACUGGCCUUUCAGACCAGGGCCUUUGAGAGCCCUGUAGGAGGUGGACAAGAAUGUAGAGGGAGUAAUCUUGGGCCUGAGCCAGUGCUUAGGUCCUAGGAGGUAGCUGGGUUAGAGAACAGAAGGGCCUGGGGAUUAUCAGUGAGAGCAUGCCAAGCUAUAGCUUUGAGCUCUACAGGUCUGCCAUUCAAAGCUGUCAGAAUAUGAAUUUCCAGGCUCUUCAGAAGACCUUGUUUCCUUGGAAAUACCCCAGAAAAUUUCCAAGUAUCCCAGGAGAGUCUGGGAUCCUGGUGUUUGGCUCAUUCCCUCCUUUCCUCCCUUCCUGUUUGUGUAGUGGUGGUGGCAGCGGGGGGAAGAUAGGUGGGAGCUGUCUUGGCUGAUACCUGCCAAAGUUUCAGCCUACCCUCUCUGAUGGCUACAACUUAAGUUUUCAUUUGCCAUUUCCUCUCGACUUGGAGGCACAGAGUAAGUCAGGGACAACACAGUGGAUGCCUUAGAAGAAAAAGGAAGGAAGGAGGCAGGCAUAGAUUUGAACCCAGUGUGGGGGCAUUUAUUAGACUCUGUGAUAUACCCAGGCUCUAUUCCUGCCCCCCGACAUAGCCUCCUAAUUGACCACCCAGAGUCUCCUCUUGCUCUAUUCAAUCUACCCAGAGAUGCCCCUGAGCACACCUUGAAGGCAGGAACCAUAGGACCCAGGUCCCACCUCACUGUCAGCACCCCUGCCGUGCCACCACCCCUUAAUAUAUCUGCUUGUCCCGUUUAGCUCACUCUCCCAGUCAGCUGUGAUCUGAGGGGAGGGUCCCCAGGGAGCCCCCUUUCCUAUCAGAACACUGUUGACUGCUUUGCAUUUUUGGUUCCUCUGUAAUUUUUGUAGAAUAAGAAGUACACCGGAUCCAAUAAAACACAAUGGCUAUGCA